AUGCCGUCUGACUUAAUAGAUGGAAAUGUACUAUCUCUAGAUUUUGAAAACUGCUUGAGCAGCCCAAGUGAUGACAUCCCGAUUUUUGAAGAUUCAGAAAGAAUGUUCUUCCAAGCUUGCCGCGGAAGUCAAGAUUCUUUAGCAUCCAGUAAUCAAAGUGUCUGUAUGGAUAUAACCGAGGAUAUACCCCAAAACUCAGAUAUCCAAGAAAUGAAUGUUAUCAACUUCGAUGUACCAGAUGUCAACUGCCGUCAAAAUGUCUGUCCAUCUGUUUACAUCAAUACGAACUAUAAGCUCAGUACAGCUUGCUCAGAGAAUCAAAGCAUCCUCAAAGGUGGUGUCAGUCUGGUGCCAUAUGAAAUAGAAAGCGAUGAGCUCAGUGAUUCUCCACAUGCUGAACCAGUAAAUGAAGAUGUGUUGAAAGAUAGAAAUGAAAUUGAUUAUAGUAAUUCUGAACCAGGAGAACUAGCCAAAGAUCGUUUACUAUCAGAUAUUGAGAAGAUGAACGAGACCAGAAAAAGAAAGAAGAUAGCAGAUCCAGCUGAAUGGAAACGUUUGAAAAAUAAGCAACUUAGAAUGGAAGGUAAAGAAUACUUGGGUUAUAGGAAAAAGAAAGGCGAAAAAAUAGUACACGAUACAAUCAGAAGAGAAAGAGAGAUGGGAAUGGCUUGUAACUCAGCAAGAUGUAACAAGAGCAAAAAUAAGAACUGUUUCAAGUUCAAAGAGGAAACCAGAAAAAAUAUAUUCAAAAAAUUCUGGAAUGAAAUGAACUGGGCACAAAGAAAAGUGGUUAUAUCCUCAAAUGUCUUUAAAGGAAAAAAGGCUAGAGGUGAAGAAACAUCAAGAAGACAAAGUACCUAUACAUAUUUUUUAAACAAUGGGGAAGAACAGCUUCAAGUAUGUAGGAAAAUGUUUGUCAAUACAUUAGAUAUAGGAUAUAAGACAAUUCAAGAGUGGGUUUCUAAGAGUUCUUAUGGCAUGGGCACAGAUAUAGUACAAAAAGAUAGAUAG